CCCGCUCCGCUCCGCUCCCACUCCCUCGCCACUCACCCACACGCGCGCCGAAACCUUCCUUCCAACUGACAUUCCCGCGCGUCGCACUCCAAGAACGCGUCACUGUCUCUCAAGAUGUACAACAUGCAGUACAACAACCUCAUGCCUCAGGGCAUUGCCGACAUGUCUCAAUACCUUGACCUGAUGACGCCGUCCAAUCAGUCUCAAAGCGCCUUCCCAGCUGAGCAAAACCCCUACCUCCAACCGAACCCUACCACGCCCAGCCAAUGGGGCACGACUGGCUACCAGAAGCCUCCGCAGCAACAGGGAUCCACGCAGCAGCCCGGAAAUCCGCAGUUUCAAGGAUUUCCGGAGAACACUGGAUACCCGCAGCAGCUCGGACUCCUCCAGAACAACCAGUAUCCGCAGCUUCUCGGACCUUUCCAGCAGAAUGGAAUCAACCUACAGCCUGGACUCGGUCUGUCUGGAUACGGUCUGCCCGGCUUCCCAUUUAACCAGCCUGGGUUCAACCAGCAAGCAUUCAACCAGCAGGCAUUCAACCAGCAGGCACUCAACCAGCAGGCACUCAUGAAGCAGGCAUUCUUGCAGCAGGCACUCAUGCAGCAGGGACUCCUUCAGUCUGGAUCCAACCUGUCUGGACACUCUCAGCCUGGACCUCUCCAGCCUAGACAGCAUCAACGACUUGGGCCCUCUCAGCAGCCUGACAACCGUCAGCAGCCUGGCAACCAGCAACAGCCUGGUCACCAUCAGCAGCCGGGACAUCAGCAGCCUGGGCAUGCUCAGCAGUUUGGACAUCAACAGCAGGCGGGAUAUUCCCAAAAGCCCAAGAAUUCCAACCAGUCUGGAUACGGUCAUAAGCGUAAGUGCUCUCGGAAGUCCUUCCCUAAGCCCUACAGCACCAAGUCGCUUGGCCAUCCGCCCCCAUCCCGCUUGCCGACGCCGUUGCGUCAGCCAAGCCCUCUCCUUCAGCGCAGCGCCGGCCAGACGUACGUUGCUCCCGAGCCGCAACGAGUCCAGCAGCAGCCUCCGGUUCUACGCAGCCCGCCCAGCCCUGUCAAUGACGCUGCACCUGAUUCCGCAGCUUGCAUCACUCAGUGUCCUACGCAGGCUGCUCCCGUCAGUCCUUCAGUGCCCGCUGCCGUCAGUUCUGCGGAGCCCGCUGCCGACGCUCCUGACGCUCCUGGCACUCCUGGAACCCCUGCCAGUUCGGGAGCGCUAGCCCCCGAUAGCCCCGAGAUGGUUGAUCCGGUCUCCCCGGGGUCCUUCCACGGCUUAAUCGACUCCUACUCUCCGCCGUUCCCUUUCCCUCUGAGCCCGACGGCGAACAACCGGCAGCAGCAGCUAGGCGAAUUGACGCUCCCGGAGCCAGCUCUCCCCGUGCUUGAUGCGCGCACUCAAGCCCACGCUCUUCUGACGCAGGCCAACCUUUCUCAUGCGGACAGGCUCACCACCGCUCCGAUGGCUCGAAAGAAGACCAACCCCGCUAAGCGCCAGCACCAGAGCAGCGGUGGAAGCGGCAAUGCUCGCAACACCGUCGCCCCGCUCGGCGGUGAGCUGCUCGAGCUCGCCAACGCUCAAGCCGCUGUCUCCGACACUGUCAACGCGGCCUCUGCCUCUAACACUCGCAAUGCUGCCACUGCCUCUGACAAUAUCAAUGCUGCUUCUGCUUCUGCUUCUACUUCUGCUUCUACUUCGGCUUCUAACGCCGUCAACGCUGUCGCUAACUCUCCCACCUUCGCCGUUGACACUACCACUGCUGUCGCUAAUCCGGCCAUGAACGCGACCAGCAACAUGCCUCAGUCCAAUGGGGACGACAACGUCGAUCCCAACAUCGACCCGAACUUCGACUUUAGCUUUGACGACACCCUUGACUUUGCUGGAGACAACUUUGACUUUGGUAACGUUAACGACUUCGGCAACGGCAACGACGUCGGCAACGACAAUGACUUCGGUGACGGCAACGACGUCGGCAACGACAACGACUUCGGUGACGGUAACGACAUCGGUAACGGCAAUAACUUCGGUAACAACAACGGCAACGACCUCGCUAACGGCUUCAACUACAACGCCAACACGUUUGGCAACAUCUUCGGCGGCCGUCGCAACGCCCCCAACCUGAGCGACAACCUCAAUCUCAACCAGGCGAGGAUGAACGCCGGACCCAGCGCGCAGCUGCCGGGCAGGGGUCGCAAGAGGAAGGCCUCCGCGAAGCGCAAGAAGCCAGUGUACAAGGAGUACAUGCCGGCGGUGUACGAGAAGCUGACGGCGACGACGUUUGCCAACGCGGCCGACGCGAUCGCCUUCACGAACGUGCCGCGCUGGCGGCCCAAGCACGGCGAGCCGGACCUCACGAUCCCGACGACGCUGGCGCAGAAGAAGGACCGCGUGCUCGAGCUCGUCAACUCGCUCAUCAACAUGGAGGACAUCUACGACAACACCAACACCUCCAGCAACACGAUGCCGCGCAUCAUGCGCAGCGAGUCGCAGUACACCAUGCAGCAGAUCGAGGCGCGCUCGUGGCAGACCUUGGAAAUGGCGAUCUCGCUGCACGUGCACGGCUGCCACGUCUGGGACGGCCCAGACGCAACGGCGGGCGACAACGACCAGGACCGGGUCCUCGGCUUCGCGGAGCGCUGGGACGAGCUGUGCGAGCUGGCCAAGCGCUGGAAGACGGCCGCCCAGCAAAUCAUGGAUAACACGGGCAUGGCCAGCCUCGUCUGCGCCCCUAUCCGCCACCAGCGCCGCAAGACGACGAACCGCCGCGCUAAUGGCCGCAAGCAGGUCACGCUCGAGGCGGGCCGCCAGGCCCAGAAGGACAAGCUGCUCAAUGGCGGAGGAGCGGAUGGCGAUGACGGCGGAGACGGCGGCUUCCUGGCCGGUGGCGGCCUUCUGGGCGGUGGUGGUGGUGGUAUUCUGGGCGGUAGAGCUGUCCUCGGAGGCGGCCAGCGCCAGUUCAACGCCUCGGCCGAAGCGCUCGCUGAGGCCGAUGCCCUGGCACUUGCCGAGGCCGAGGCCCUGGCGCUGGCCGAGGAGCAGCGGGCCCUGUUCGGGGAGGAGGAGGGGGGGGAGGAGGAGGAGAGCAUGCUGGCGAGCGCCAGCAAGCGGCGCCGCCUCUCGUGAGGGAGGGGUGGCGGGGCGCUCGUCAGCAUGCCCUCCUGAUGACAGUGCUCAAGUUGUCUGAGGCCUGAAGGUCUUGAUCAGUUGGAUAUGUUGGCUGUCUGCUUCUUCUUGUGCCGGGGUAGACGGACGGCCCCCUCUGCACGAACGUAGGUAGAAACAAUGCACCAUGCUGUUUCGUAGUUGUGCUUGUCAUCAAAGUGACUAUACCUACCUACCUACCCAGCACACCAACCAUCCAUCACUGACGCAAGUCACGCCCCUCCCCCGCACGCACAACACAAACGACAGGCCCACGAUACGCUCUCCUCCCACCACACCAAUACGCGGCCACGCACCCCACAACCACACCCCCAAACACAACAACGCUCCAAUUCAUGCCGCGGGCGCCCGCCCCGCGCUGCGCAGGGAAAAAGCACACGAUGGUCGCGAAGGCCAUGUACGCCAGGGCAAACGCAUUGCACCAGGCGCCAAGCACGGGGGGAAGGCGGAAGCGGGCG